CGUCUCGUCUCUCCUUCAUCAUCCCCAUCCAUCAUCGACCCUCUUCCAGUCCUUUCCAUCUGAUAACACUCAGUCUUUCCUUCAAGAUGCUCUCCUUCAGGUUCAUACUCUUACUGUUCUUUGGUCUGAAGAUACAGACUACCCUGGCUACCUCUUACGGUCUGGUCUCUGAUGUUGUUACUCCUGGUGACGAUGAUCACGCGUCCCAGACCCCUGGAAAUGGCGUCGUCACUGCGGAUGCGGACUCUGGUGAUGACACCGUCUCUGACAACGGUCUCGACGAGAUGACUACUGGUGCCUCUUCUGUCGAUACACUUCUGCACUCCAAGGCUAAGGGCUGCAUCGGCAGCGUAUGCUCCCCUUCGAACAUGUGUCUCUGCAGGAACAAGAGCGGCGUCCGGGUGUAUUGCUACUGCGAAAACCCAGGCCAGAAGUGCAGCUGCCGGCGUAACGUGCUGGCUUCCAGGGACGGGGUCGACGCUGAUGCCAAGGAUACCGUUGAUGAGGGUGAUGCAGUUUCUGAUGUCGGUGCCGAUGGUGCCGAUGUCUCUGAUGCGGUCACUGAUACUGUCACUGAUACUGUCUCUGAUACUGUCUCUGAUGCGGCCACUGAUACUGUCCCCUCUGACGAUACUCCCUCCGAAGACAUCGACUCGUCCGACGAAGGCACCUCACCCACCAACACGCUCCUGAACAAAGGCCAAUGCCACGGCACGUGCAAAAAGUGCAUCGGCAACUGCAAGGACAAGUACCAGUGCCUGUGCAAGGGACGCGACGUCGUCGCCCGGUGCGGAUGCGAGCGACUCGGGGAGAAGUGCCAGUGCAAGGGUCCGUGGCGCGCGGUCCGGGAUGGUCCCUCUGUCAACAUCAACAGCACUACGGCCGAUGAAGAGGCGAGUGCCACGCCCUCUACUGACGACGCCGACGCUGCAAGCGAGGACCUCGACGAUGCAGCUCCUGGUGUUUCUCCUAUCAGCGAGCUCGUAGAGCGCAAGCCUACAACCUGCCACGGCGUGAUGUGCUCCAAGGAAGGCAAAUGCCACUGCAAGCACGGAGCCUAUCACAUCGUCUGCCCCUGCCGCCGACUCGGCGCCCCCUGCUACUGCAAGAACUGGCGUCGCGAUGAGGAUGCCGCGGACCGUGUCGCCGAAGCGGCGGUUGCAGAGACAGCUGCCCCCGCCCCGGAGACUGCUGAUACUGUUGACAACACCCCUGCCCCUGAAGACGAAGACGCAGAAGUAUCCGAGCGACCUGGGUUCUCGCAUGCCGUGAACGAUGAGCUCUCCACUCUCCAGCGGUCAGAUACUGAUACAAAGCUCAAGCAGAUUUGCUACGGCACCUGCAGCCGCAAGCACAAUUGCAACUGCCGCGGCAAGACCUGUCGCUGCCAGAUCCCCGGCGAGAGCUGCAAAUGCGUCUUCCUUUUCCUGCCGCCCCGGGACCUGGAGCCUGGCGCUGGCAACGCCACCGGAACCAUCACCACACUCCCUGCGGAUGGGACUGAGGCUGCGGCCGAGGGGGAUGGCACCGUCAUCACUCCCACCCGCCCGGAUGAAGACAUCGAUGAGGAUACCCCCAACGAAGACACCGACGAGGACCGCACCACGUCCAACAUCACCAACAACCCUCUCCACCCCGAGGAAGACGACCCCGAACCAGAAACAGAACCCACAAGCACCCCACUCCCCACCGAAUCCUCCCCGCUCAUCGCGCGCAGCGUGCCGUGCUGGGGCGUCUGCGACAAAUACCGGCACUGCUACUGCGGCCACAUCCGGACGACCUGCAACUGCUCCAAGCGCGGGCACCGGUGCUACUGCGGCUCGGGGGCUCUUGAUCUGCCGCCGGGCAUGGGUGGCGGGUCCUUCGGACAUACCCUUGGACUAGACUUGGUCACUCCUUACACUUGGUCAUGGAUAUUCUGGCGGGCUUGGGAUAUGGCUUGGGGCUUGGGGGAAUGGAUGAUCUGGGUGUGA